UUUGCUUUCUAAUUGUUGGCUGCAUGUUUAGCCAGGUAAUCACCCGUUAAGCCUCUGUUAUUAAAGGAGGUCAAAAGGAGAAGGAAAAACCGGAUGGACAGGAUAGAGUGCAGCCAUUCACAACACAAGUGGAGCACCACUCAAGGAGGACGAGUAGGACUUCUUGUUCUUUUCUUUUCUGAUCAUUUAGAAAAGGUAACAAAGCAUGUCCAAGGCAGGAGCGAGGACACCCUCUACAACUUCUGUCGACUCAGCCACAACAGAUGGUAGUAAAGAUGGUUCCCGAUCGAGUUCAGUCUCAGAAGCACCCAAGAAAUCAUCAAAGAAGUCCAAGAAAACCACAGAGAGCAUGAUCAAAGUCUACAACUCUGUGCUCAACAGUGUUUUUGGGGCGGAGAGGGAAUUAGCUCAGGCUGAGUUGGACGAGUUACAUGAGGCCUUCAAAGAGUUUGACUACGACCAAGAUGGAUACUUGAACUACAAGGAUGUGGCUGAAUGCAUGAGGACAAUGGGAUACAUGCCCACAGAAAUGGAGCUGCUGGAGAUAGUACAGCAGAUAAAGAUGAGAAUGGGCGGGUUAAUGGACUUUGAAGACUUUACUGAGCUAAUGGGGCCCAGGAUGAUGGGAGAGACUGCGGACAUGCUUGGACUCAAAGAGCUUCAGUCGGCCUUUGUACAGUUUGACCUUGAUGGAGAUGGAAAGAUCAACCAAGAUGAGAUGAAAGAGGCAAUCAAGUCGAUGCUGGGGGAAAAGCUGAAGAAAGGGGAACUGGAGGAGAUCUUAAAGGAGCUGGACAUUAACGCAGAUGGAAGCAUUGACUUUGAAGAGUUUGUGAUGAUGCUCUCCAUUCGCUAGCUGCUAUAAGGACGCUUCUGAAUCAUUCUUUAAAACCCAAUAUUGACAAUAUUUAUAAAGUAGGCAAAGACAUCUACAAAAAUGUGUGUGUGCCUAACUGUAAUAAUUACAUGAAUGAUGAAUUUUUGGGAAAGAUGCUGUGUGGCUCUUGUGUAGUAUCAAAUAUGGUGCAUGCUCUCAACAGUUAUUUCGAAAGAUACAUGAAUGUUUUUCAGUACUAUAACAUGUAAAUAAGACUGAUGUUUCACUAUUUUACUAAAGCAAUAAAAAUGUUUUU